AUGGCGAAGCAAAGGGACUUCCAUAUGAAGGGCGAUCAGAUACGUGAAACUGGCUAUAACUUGCCGUUUGACAAGGAGCGGGGGCUUGCGAGUACCCUAGCUUUCCUUUCUAGCAUUCAGGAUGAUCCGAAUCGAAUUCCUGCUUUAUGCAUUGAGAGUACUCCUGAUAAUCAAGCUCUGAAAGUGCAUAUAGCAGUGAAUAAGAGCAGUUACAACGACAGUAACGUCCAUCUCAUGGAAAUGACCCACGCGUUGAACAAGAUACUUGCGUCACUUUCGCGACUCGUAGAUACAGAUGGCAACGGUGGCACGGUUGAGAAUGUCUUUGAUACGAUCAUAACUGUGUGUGCAGAACGCAUCCUUUGUCGGCUAAAUCUUCGUUCGAACCACAAACAAAAGAUAAAAAAACCAAUUGUUGAAACCUUGAAGCUGGCUGUGGUUUCUUUAAGAAACAUACGCGGAAAAAUAUCGAGCCGAAGCGAGUUGGUGGACUCGGUAGCGUCAUUCGAAAUUAGAGCGAAUGAAGCUAUUAAGCUCAUCGUGGCCUGGACCAAGCACCAAACUCUCGUUCGGCUACGAGAACUUGUGGAAGGGAUCCAUAAGCUAUGGAGGGUUAGCUGGCUCAGCGACCUUCUGAAUUGCAUACCAAAUAAUCUCAUGGACCCUGACUUGAGAACAAGUCUGUAUAACAUCAUCUGCAAAGUGGCCAGAUACAAGGAGGCUGCUAGACGUCUCUACCGCAUGGCCAAACGUUUUCCGGUCCUCCGAAGAGUAGAAGUUGUUCCUGUCACCCUUGAGCCGCAAAUGUAUUCUCAAGUAAAAGUCGACCAAUACUCGCCCUCUUUAUCCGCUACUUUACAUCGGAUUGUUAGUAAACACAGCCUUUCUGUCAAUCCUGACAAGAUUUACACCUUGCUGAGGCUCGGCAAGGACAAGGCUGAAUGCAUGUUCUCCGAGCAUGUCCGGCGAGCUCUCCAAGGAGCGAAAAUCCACUCGGAAAUCCAAUUAUUCUAUCACAUCGAAGGACUCUGCCUAACCCGGCCGCCUCGCGUCGUUUGUUCAAGUAAGGAUGCUUGCUAUCUUUGCGACCUUUUCAUCACCGCCAUCACGAAAUUUCACAGCCCAAAAUGCCAUGGAAGACUAUACCCUGGCUGGCGUUUACCAACAGUAUCUGAGCAGGACCAAACACUAAGGAAUUUCAAUCAUGCCUUAGAGGAACAGGUCAGAAACAGCAUCAGGGACUUGUUGAGAAAAAAGAUAAAGUUCAAACUACCAGAUCCUCGAGAAAGUACAAUUUUGACAAUGAGCCGGUCGGUUUCAACGCUGGUUCCGUCUUUGACCAGCCCCAACAUUGUGGAUGUGGUCAAUGGCACUACAACCAUACCUCGUGAAAGAAUGGUCGAUGAGAAUGUAAAGAAAAGUACAGCCACUCUCCCGAAUGCAUACUCGCAGGAUGACGAAAACUUUCCAGAAUGUUCUGCCUCUGGUGGUGUUAAAACCGGGAUCACGGAAAUCAAAACGCCAACCACAACUGGGGAUCAGAGUCAAGCAUUAUCGUCUUCCAGUGAAGAAAGCGAUACUCAUAAUAAACAAGGGGUUCAAUGCGGUAACACAAUCUCCGGUUGCAUCCCUUCAGAUGAUGUGUCGUGUAUCCUUAUUGGUCCAUUGAAACUUUACAUCGAAUACUCGGCUUCUCAUACUGGGAGUCAAGAUCUCCACAAGGAUCUAAAACUUGAUAUUGAGUGGAUCACUGAGACCCACGACCGACCAGCCCCACAGAAUGCAGAAGUUCCGGUGAUUGACAUCGAAGAAUUGGCAUAUGCGGCGUCCCUUCCCUUAAAUAGUUUGAAUGAAUUGGAUUUAAACUACAGAGGGCAUAUCUUCAAAAUUCGGCUGCACCCUCAAGUCAACGAGAAAAGUUUCAACUGUAUCAGGGGAUAG